AUGGAGGGACUGAUGGUUGACAUGCAGAAGAAAGGCUGGAAAAUUGGAGCAGUGGUCACCGAUAAUGCGGGUCAGUGCGGCCGGGCGAGACGGAUUUUGAGCCUCAGGUGGCCUACUAUCGCUUUUGUCAUCUGUUUUGCACAUGACCUGCAUAACUUGGUUAAAUCUGUACUCAAGUCGGACUAUGCGGAAGUUAUCAAGAAGGCCUCCGAUGCUGUCAACGCCCUAAAUGCUUCGUCGGCCAAGUGGCUAGUGGAAGCCAAUGCGUGUAUGGAAGAAACUUACGGGUAUAAACUGAACGUGAAGCAGCUAUGUGAAACACGAUGGAACAGCAUGCAUGGCUGCUUUGCAUCGCUUCUACGAAUUCGCAGUGCUCUGGAGUUAUUGGAGUUUUGGAACUCACUUAAAGAUUCUGAAGAAGUCGUGCGCCCUCUCUCCUACGCGUCCCUGAAACUACAGCGUGAUGAAAAUACCAUGGCCGAUGUUGUCGUCUGCUAUCUCGAUAUCUUUGCUGGAUUUCACAAGCAUCCGUACGGUAGCAGGAAUCUUAUUCGCGAAGUGGAGAAACGAUGGCUUCAAUGUGAGCAACCGCUAAUGCUGUUAGCUCUCUAUUUACUGCACACAGACAAGCUGCUAAAAGGCUCCUAGGCAAGACACCGCUGACUUCAGCUGGC